AUGUCCAAGGAGGAUGACGACCACAAUGCCGUUGUCCAGGACACUGCUGACCCACUCGGUCAGAUCCGAGAUAGCAGCAAGGCCUCAGACAUGAGCAUAGUGUCUGCCGUGCUGGACAUACAGAGACACGCUAUAACGAGAAGCAACUGGAUCAAGUCUCUCGAAUGUCUCUAUCUGGCCACGGACCGGGAUGACGAGCCUACAGGCAAGCGCCAACGGCUGGCUAACGGGGAGAGCGUAGCUUCUUUUUAUACACCUGAGCUGCUACGAAGGACGUAUCUAGAUCCUGUGUCUGAUCCUGAGCGCGGGAGAGAAUAUGUUGCUGUCUCAUACACCUGGGAGUUUUCCGAGGAAGAGGAAGAACAAGAUAGCUGUCGGAGCUUUGGUGGCUACUAUAUUGAGUCGCGAAAGACUGGUGAGCUCGCCCAGCCCAGCAAUGUCAGGGACGUGGUCUGGGAGCGAGUUCUCCGGUAUGCUGGGCAUGUCAAGUGUGAUGCCGUCUGGAUCGACCGAGAGUGUGUCGACCAAGAUGACGCCCAAGAAAAGGAGACAGCAAUUCAGAAUAUGCACUUGGUCUAUAGCUUAAGCCGACGGCCUAUUGCCCUUCUUACGCAUGUCAUCCAGACUGCCGAGGAGCUAGACCUGAUUGUGAGCCUGUUAUUUGGCGACCUCAGAGAGGAAAUGGAAAGUGCUGCUCUAGAUCUCCUGGACAAAAUUACGUCCGACCUCUGGUGGCAGAGAGCCUGGACAUUCCAGGAGGAUUAUAGAGCUUCUACGCGUAUGACGCUUUUAAUCCCACAUACUAGUAACCUAGAGCAUCGUAAGCAGACUACGCGGGAUGUAUCAAAUCGGCCGCUACUAGGGACUCUGCCAGGCGAAAUCUGUAUCAAGUCCACCGAUUUUAGAGCAUGUGCCACACAGUUUUGUCUUCGCUACAAACAGAAACAGCCAGAGAAGGAGGGCAUCUGUAACAGGAUCCUGAAGACUGCGGGUAAAUACAAUGUUCUUCUGCAGGAUAACCACCUGCCAGGCGCAUACAAUCCAAUCUCGCGCUCUAUGACUCCUACGAUCCUCGCCGACAUAAGCCAACGCGGGAUACUCGCUGAGUCAGACCGCCUCGCCAUUGCUGCCAACUGCUGUGGCUUUACUAUACGUCUCGAUACCUCAGCCUUGAACAAGCGCAGCAGCAGCUUGAGCCUCUCCAUGCUGACUCUGUGUCUGCUGAAUGGCGAGAUAAUAGAGAACCACCCUCAACGCAACCGUGGAACUCUCAAGGACAGCAUUUUUACGUACUUAAUGAAGCAGUCGCUCCGCAGCUUCCGACCUCCCGUCGAUGAAGCGCUGACUUUCAUCAAAAGCUGUCGGUUUGUGGAUCCCGUGCUCACACAAGCGGGGAUUCAGACACGAGGUCUUUUGUGGCGCCUGGGGAAGAUUAUUCGGCCUAGACCCCUCAAGCGUGAUAAGUACUGCACGCUUUCACCCCUUGAAACGCUAGCUACAGAUCUAGAGUACAGAAAGUACGGGAACUCGUACACCGAACUGGCAACAAACCUUCUUGCCUGGAUACAAGAAUCGUCGGCUAUGAGCCGAAGGCAUCACCGGUAUGGUGGCCGUAGUCCACUCAUGCACACACGUCCCUGGGGGUAUCGUACCUGGAUGGCAUACGAGGUCGAGGCUGCAUUACUUGAAGGCAAAUGCCUACGUCUUGCUGCUGUAGUUGACCCCAAGAGCCCCAGGGACCACACACCAUAUAGUGCUAUUUUCGUCGGCGAGAGUGUUGAUGAUUGGAACGAUGAAGAAGCUAACGAAGAAAACGCAAAGUCGAGUUAUGUCUUUACGGCUGUACGACCCGCGAAAGAGCUGGCACGUUUCGGCGAGAUUCCGAAGCAUGUAUCUCUAGAAGUCGAAUUGGAGUGGCCGGAACGGAAACGCGAACAAAGACAUGAUGAGCAAGACCAAAACCCUUCGCAGGUAGAAGGAGAUGAAGAAAAAUGCAAACCUGGGCCAGACCUACCUAAGUUGUAUAUCAAACGCUGGCUAAACGGUCUCUCAUUCCGAGGAUCACACUCCCACCAACCUGUCCUGUUCCCUUGGCCAGCCGAACUCAUGGCCACGUCUACCAAGUACUGA